AUGAGCGUGAAGACAGCGUUGGUGCUCCCGGCUCAAGAAGAUGACAGCUUGUGUGGACCAGGAGGGGCUCCUGAACCUAUGGAUGGUAUAAAGCAAGCCCACGACGACAUGGUCGCUUGGUGCUAUAAACCACACGGGAAAGCUACCGACGAACAACUCAAGAAACUCGAUGAUGCACAAGUGAAGAGAGAAUACGUCGCCUAUGGGUUGAUAGGUCUGACUUGUCUUUACUUGAUCAAUGGAGAACAAGCGUUUUUCGUAUCUGUUUUCAUUACACUCACCUACCCAGCAUACGUUAGCAUACAGACUGUCCGCGGUAAAAAAUCUGGUGAUGCUCUCAAUCUCCUCCUAUACUGGAUACCAUUUGGCUUCUUCGCCCUCAUCGACGCCACCUCAAUUAGUGACAUCCCAACGUACUUCCUACUUAAAACGGCAUUCCUACUGUUUCUCUUCCUGCCGCAAACAAAGGGAGCAGUUCUGAUCUUUCAAAAAGUCAUUGAACCAGCGACAAAAGCAUUUGAAGCAGCAUUAGUUAAGAUUAACAACAGCAUUUGA